AGUGAUCGUACGUCAGUCGCGAACGAGCAGGGCUGCAAUUCAAACGUGUACAACGGACAAUAAACGGGAAAUAGCUUUGAUCGUGUACGAAUAGUGAUGCACUAACACGCUUAAACGAAUAUCUUCAGUUAUUUACAAUUUAAUGUUUUGUGUUGAACAACACAUAGUGGUAACGAAAUAAUUAAGGCAAACUUAUUUAUGUCUUUAUGUGAUUAAUUGGCCAUUAAAAAGAUUAAUUGUGCAAUACUGUGUAUAACUGAUUUGAAAAUGUGUUGAUGUGACACAGUUAACGGUAAAUUUUAUGUUUGAAAAAUUAACCAUUAAUUUAGUGGCAAGUGGAAAAGGCUAAAAGCAUAACAAACCAUUCGGACUCUAAGACGUGGAAAAAUAGGAAAAUUAAUUAAAAGAAAAUAUAAAAUUUAAGUGUUAUAGCAAUUCAUUAUUGUGUAAGUAAAUUAAAUUUGCAGUUCAACUACUUUUUAAACACUAACAUAAUUUAUGUGGAAUUAAAUAAACAAGACUGAAAUCAAAAUUAAUCCAAACAAUAAGUGUAAAAACGAAGUAUAGAGAACAACGAACAUUAACUGCAUAAAAACAGAAACGAAAAAUUUACAACUACCUUUAACUAAUAUCAAUUGUAGUCAAAUUGCCGAUGCAAAAGCAAAAACAAAGUGAAGAAAUUCAUCUGCAGCGCACUCAUGCAAUGAAAGUCGCUGUGCCAAAGCAGCGCAGUCAGCAAACAGUACAUACGUCAAGUGCUCAAGUGUUAUUGUUUGUGUAAUGGAGACAUAAAAACGUGCAUAGUGCAGUGCAGUGUUGGUGAAAAAGAAAAUUAGCACGAGUGCAUAUGUUGACUCAUUGCAAAUUGCCAACUUAAUUCUAACUACGUAUUUACUCCGACAAAGUACAACUCGUUAUUUAUAUAUUCGCGCAAAAUAAAUAUCACCUUUAGCACAACACUACAGAAGAGCGCAGCUUCACGUGAGAUAAAAAUAAAAACAUGUAAUUGAUAUUCUCUUGUACACUGUCAGAGGUUUAUUUUGCGCGAAUUUAAUAGCGCACGAACAACACAGCGAUUACAAAACAAAAAACAAUACAACGAGUUAGGUAAAAACAAAACAAACAACCAGUUACUCGUAUACAUUACAACGGCUCCUUUUACAGCUUGCAUUUAUGCACUCGUUUAACUUGCUGGAUUUUCGGCUUUGGUGCUUAAAUUCGAGCUGCUCCCAUUUUGGUGCGCGCACCUUACACAAAACUGCCUUCAAGCCGUUGAUGUUGACGAUCUACAGCUGUUGCGCUUGCAAAGCGAACAAAGCAACAAACACAAUAUACAUAUAUUAUAGUACAUACACAUAAGCAGCGAAAAAGUGAGAAAUAUAAAACAUAAAGUGCAAAUUUGGCACAACAACGCCAACAAACAAGAACUUGCCUUAAACGGCACCGCUUGCAACAGUUUUACGUUCGGUCGGUCGGUUGGUUGUUUCGUUGGUCAGUCAGUUAGUUAACAUACGGUACGGUUACAAAGAACGAGCUUUAAAAAUUUCGCACACGUUCGUGUUUAAAGCCGGUGAGUGAGCAUGCGUGCGUGUAUUUGCUCCUUUAACGUCAAUAUUUCGCAACUAGAACAAGCCAAGUAAAAGAAAAAAAAGCAAAAGUUAAGGUACGCUCGAAAGCCACAUAAGCACAAUCAAAAAAAAAAAAAAAAACAAAAAAACCACAAACGAAUAACCGACGACACCGAAAUACGCUGUGAAGACAAAAGAAGCCAAUUGGCAGCUCGUUUCCUUUUCCUUUUUUGUAACUUUCCGUUGUGCGCGCAAAUCGUUCUUUUUUCUACGUUUUAUUUGUUUUCGCGCUGUUACGUUCACAUUGUUUCGUUUCUUUCCAAUUUAUUUUCAUUUAUAUAUACAUAUAUUUUUUUUAGAGUGUAAGCACUUCAAUUUGCAUAAAUUUUUUCGACAUUUUGCACCUCUUUUAUGCUACUUUGAGGCAACGUUGUAAGCCAUUGAAAGUCUACACAUAGUCACAGCAUAAAUAAAAAGACACAGUGCAAAUAAGAACAACACUAGCAACAAAUAAGAACCAAAUCGACGCUAAGAAUAACAGCCGGCUCGUGUAGCCACAUAAUAUCGGCAAUAUUACUUUUCUGCUGACGCCACCAUUUCAUAUUUUUAACGAUAAAGUGAAUAUCGACAGUGAAGGCACAAAAUAAAAAGUAAACGACAACAACGAAAAAGCAAGUUCGCAUCGCUGAGGCACGUCACUAUCAGCGCCGAUUGGUGUCUUUAAAAAGCACCGUAAGCAAAGAGUGAAUACAACUUUAGAAGAUUUCCUCAAUAAAGCAGCGGUGGUUAAAUAUCCAAUUUUAGCAUACAUUUGAGACUAUGGCCAGAGAGUUUCUGCAAUCUUGAACACCGCCUCCUCUUGCUUUACGUGCAUACAAAAACCAACGAAUAAUCGGAUUCGACCUUCAACACAACAUGUCCUCUUCGAUAUGUCCACACUUCACGCAGAACGCGUGGAAGAAGGAUCUCUGUUCCAAUUGCUUCAAGUCUAAAGACGAACACAAGACCGGCAACUCCACUUACAAAUACACCAGCGCCAUGGAUAGAUCGAAAUUCACCACGAAUUUAAUGUCCAAACUCGAUUUGGAUACUAAAAAGACUGAUUACCCUAACAAGCAUAAAUCACCCGCAAAAAGCAUAAUGAAAAAGUCCUUUGCUUCGCUCAAAACCAAAACCGGCAAAGGCAAAACGCAUAAGGUUACCUUUCCGAAGAACAUCUCCGAGGUGAUUGGUGUUGGCGGUGAAUGGUCCGACAACGACUCGGAUGACGAUGAUGAUCAUGAUUUCAUGAAUAUUGGCAAUGAGCGCGACGAUAAUGCCGCCACCAGCACCGACGACGAGGAAACACUCGAGCUGAAGCGCAUCACGCGUGCCAAUACCGACUUCAACAUGAACAAUGGCAAUUUGUUGGGCGAUCCACAAGAGAAUAUUAAGCGUUCAUUUGCAGCGCUCAAGCUCGGCGCACCACAGGUCGAUAAGGAGGGUAAAAAGCAAACGCUUAAAAUAAAUGUUACACCUUUUGGAGCCACAACGUCCAUUGACAAUACCAAAACAGCAACAUCAUCGAUAACCGCCACAACAGCAAAGGCUAAAUUUGAGACGAAAGUGAGUGAACCGAGUGAGCCGACAAUGGUGGUCAAACAGUGUGCAACCGUUGUUAAGUCAAUAAAGAAGACCACAACGGCAGCACCGCCAGCGACAGCCAUAGCGAAUGCAACGAAAAUAACAACAACAGCAUCGACUAAAACAACAACAUCUUACAUGACAGCCAGUGCAAGCAGUUUGUUGAGCUCGGCGCAGGCUAAGCAAGAAGCUUUGGCGGCGAGCGAUAGCGAUGGCAAAAAUAGUCCACCCAUUGAACGCGCCAUGGAGAAAUCGCUUUUGGACGAGAUUUCUGAGACGUUGGAAAAGAAGCAGAGCGAAAGCAAAAAACUGGCCACCGAAAAGGAGGUGUCUACUACCUCAGCCACAAGCAGCGGUAGUGAAUCCACGGCCAGUGCCAUGAACGGCACGCUCUUAGCUACAGCCGCUUCCACUGCCGUGCCGUCAAAGAUUAAAUUCGAGAUUAGCAGCUUGAGCGACGCUGUGGAGAAUAAGCCAUUUCCUGAGCUUAAGAAGCCGAUCGCACGCAAUCCACCUAUUACAAAGGAUCAUGCCAAACCCAAAAUAAAUGUCUUCCAUAAAUACUCGGACAGCGACAGCAACUGUUCGGACAACGAGAAUGGCAUCUCGGCAUACUACGAUGUUGUCGAAACACAAAUAAGCUACGAGAAUCUGCCAGACGGCAAAUGUGAUGCGCAAGAUAAGCCAAGUGCGGCCAAUAUUGGAACUGCAGCCGCAACCGCAGCUGCAACUGAGAAUAAGUGCACCAAGAAUGCAAGCAAUAAGAACGACACUUCUAUCUUCUCCAGUUCGCAAUACAUCACGGACAUGUUGUUGUCAUCGAAGACACGCGCUGCCUCAUACAAUCUGCACGAAGGCAACUUUAUGACCAGCAAAAUAACAUCCGACGGACUGAUAGUAACCAAGUGCAGCUCCGACGAUGCGCUCGAUUCGACGGGCAGCAGUUUCGAUGGCAGCAGUGAUGAGGAGACCUCAUACAAUAUGAUACGCAGUGAAUCGGACUCUGGCAUCGGCAUCAGCAUUGGCAACGAGUACAAGAAUAGUGGCGUUGAAAAGGAACGCGUGCGUGUCGAGAAGAAGCUAAGUGUGAGCACCAACAACUCCGACUACGAGGAUAUCCAAGUGGCGAAUCAAACCAACACAACAACCACAGGCAAAACCACAACAAAAGUGACAACCACAGCAACGGCAGCCGCCAAAGCGAAGACAGCUUUCAUAUUGGAAAAGAGCAGAGAGUUACAUGGUGAACCAGACGGCAGUGCAGAUCCGGAUGGCAGUCUGGAAAACAAAGAGUCAAAUGCGACACAACUGCCAGCAUUGCCUAAAUCGCCGCCACCCACGAAACUGAUCGAUGCGCGUCCCUCCUUCUUACAUGGUCUGCAGAAGCAGCAUCCACCUAUUUUGCUGAAGAAACCGGAUCUUCCCGCAAAGCCGGUGGUGUCGCCAACAUGCUCACCAUUAAAGACAUUUGUCAGCAAACGUACGCCAACGAAUGCCGAACAACAAGUCAUCAAUCAAUUACACUUGGUGAUGUCAAAAUCCAAUGAAAACCUGAACUUGAGCGCUGCGACGCCAGAGGCAAUGAAAGAUGAUGCAAAGCUAAAGAAGGGCAGAGCGCCAAAUCCGCCGCCCGAGCAGAAAACUAGCGCGCCACCAACGCCAGAACGCGACUACAAUGCUGCGCUAGAAUUCGAGAAAGCACGCGGCACAACCGCCGAUGUCGCCGUAGAAGAGAAGUUUACCAAAAAAGUCGCCAAUGCAGAACAACAAUCGGCGCCGCCAACAGCUCAAGCACAAACUGAAGCCGAGAAGAAAGCAAAUAAUGAGCAGAGUAUUGACGCUAAAAUGUCUGUUGAUCGCUCAGAAGCAGACAAGUCGAAUGUCACAUCUUCACAGUCGGCAAGCGAACAAACAGCAACAGCCAUAGCCGCCACAGCAGCCGCUGCCAAUGCAGCCGUAGCUGCCGUGGCUAAUCCAAACAGCAUUUAUAUGCGCAAAGUAGCGCCAACAACCGCAACGAACGCUGCACACAGCAGUCUUACGAAUGGCACGAAGAACACCGCUUCGCCGGUUAUACGAGAGAAGGACAAACGUGAACGCGCCACAGUCAAUCCGAAAUUCCGCAGCCUCAAUACAUUUGUGACGCAACGCAGUAAUGCGCUGAAGAACAUGCAACUGCAAACGGCCACAUCAUCGCUCAGCCUCAAGCAAUCACUUACACCAGAGCCACUGCCGAAGAAUCACAAGAACCUGUCACUGUCCGAGGAAUGUCUGCCCGAUGUGACACAGACCAAUAUGACGGUGAAUCUGCCAACAUUACCGCCGACAAGUGACAAAAAAUUGUUGACGUCGCAACAGCAACCAACGCCGCCGCAAAAGACCAAGACGAAAUUUUCGAUUAAGAAAUUCUUGCGCAUGGGUGCCAGCAAAACGACCGACAAUCUGCACAAAAAAGAUGGUAUCUACUCGGAGAUUUGUACGGGCGAGGAGACGGGUGUGGUGGGUAAGCCGCGCUUAGUGAUCAUUCAUCCGAUCGACAUUAAUCCGACCGCCGUGGAAGUGGUCAAAGACAUAACAAAGACCAGUGACGCGGUCACAGCACAAACAGUGGCCGUAGUGACGGCCAAACCACCAGCGCCGCCCUUGCGCAACAUGGACGCACAACGUUCGCACGAGCUAAACAAACCGGCACGUCCGCCGCCACCAAAAAGCGCCGAGUUGCGUCGGAAGCAAGCAAGCAUCGGUCUAAAUGCCGUGUCUAUGUCGGUGACGGACUCGCCGGUUGGACGCAAGCCAGGCGGGUUAAGUACGUGCGAUGCAGGUGGUUCUAUAAAAUCAAAGUCGGACAAUGUUUAUGCCAAUUUAGGCGAAAUUCGCUCAUCGAUUGCACCGCGCAAGCCAGAGCGUACGGCCAGCAUGCGGGAGCGUGAAGCACAAUUGGAAUUGGCACGUAAACGACAUGCCGGGACGCGCAAUGAAAACGCCGAUACUAUCUCGAUUUGCUCGUCAAAUGGCGAUAACGUAUCGUACGAAAAUAACAGCAACAGCAAUAACAAUCAUGCAUACACUUCAACCAAUCCCAAUGGUGCAACCGCCGCCAACACUAACAAUAACAACAAGCGAAACACAAACGCAAACAACUCCACUCAAGCCAUGAGUCCACAACUUUCGCCAGCCGAUAGAGCUGUCACACCCACAACAACCACACAAACAGCGGGUGAUGGCAAACCACCGAUCGGCAGCCGUACGAGUACCUUCGAGCGUCGCAAAAGCGACCCAAAAAUCGCAAUCGCCAAUAAAUUGGAAAUUUUCGAAAAUCGCACAGCUGGCAACACCAGCACCAGCAGCGCGGCGUCCGCUGUCAGCCACAAUGAAGUGCGUCCGACCAGUUUGAAGGAUUCGGUGCGUAAAAUUAACAGCACGAUUGACAGUUACUUGAAGGACAAACGCGAUUACGAGAAUAUGUAUGAGAUGGUGAAGAGUCCCUCGUCGCCACCGCUGCCGCCGACACGUUCCGUGGAUUUGAACGCCGGCCAGCGUGUGUUGCCGCCACGUCGUAACAAUAACAACAACAAUAUCUAUUCGGACACCAUGUCGGUGGCGAGUUACACGCGCAGCGAAUAUGGACCGGGACGCAAUUACGGAUUGAACAAUAGUUUAGCCAACAUUCCACGCAUUAUUUCCGCUUCCUAUUGUGGCAGCGAGGCCGGCGAAUUCGAGAUUUAUGCGCCGUACAGUUAUUACGGCAGCGAGGCAGGCGGUGAUGUAGCUACAGACAUCAAUGACAGCGUAUGGGGCAUACCAUCGGCCAUCAAAAAUCGUGCAAAGGCUACAAAUCGUUUGCGGAUGCGCAAGGGACGUAGCGUCGUGCACAAAACCAUAGAGGACAACUACACCGCCGUGGUGGUAGCGAACCAUGAGGCCUUGGCGCAGGUGCUUGAUCAGCUCCAGCAAACACCUGUCAUACCGGCUGCGCUCCGGCCACUAGCCAAUGCCAUUAAUUUACGGUUCGAAGAUUUCAACAUAUUGGAUGGUGCACAAGCAUUCGUGGUCGGCAAGAAAGCAUUCCAUGCAGCGCUCUGGACCACAGCACCCGUCACAUUGGCGCUCUCGGCCGACUGCAAUCAACUCUCCGGUGUGGGUGGCGAAUUGAAUCAGCUGUCGGGUGGCGUCAGCGGUGUACUCAAUCCCAUAACGGAAUUUUGCGACAUAGUGCCCAGCUAUCACUUGCCGCUCAUGCCCUCGACGGCAGUGACUUUGCUGCAGGCCACAAUAUCGGUGCUGCCACGCUUGCAAUUGGACACGCUGCAGUCGAUCGGCGCCAUAUUGAAGGGCAAAUCACAUGUGCUCGACAAGAGCAACUUCAAUUUCCGCGGCUCCAUACCGAACUUGGCCGCUGCCGGCUUGAAGGACAGUGCCGGCGUGAAUGCGCUGCGCAAUGUGAUGUCCGUGCAGAACUUGAGCACACUCAACGAGGAGUCUUCACUCGAGAAGUGCGGUGGUGCGUCGCUGGAGUCGCCGUCAGAUAAUACCGCCACUGCGGCGGGCAUGCCGGCAUUUGAUGAUGUCAUGACACGUGAAGUAGCUUUCAUAAUGCUGCAACUGGUGAACGGCAUGAAGAAUCUGCAAUCGAAGGCGAUCGAGGAGAUGCCGCUGAGCUUGUCCAAUGUAGUACUGUCGAAGGAUGUGGAGAACAAGGAUGCGCAGGCACGUCUCUGCGUGUUGCAAGGCAACAACAAUGAUGAGGACGAACCCAUGGGCACACUGUGCAAAUGCGCACACAUCGCGCUCACCGAAUUGUUGCCGCCCACCAAGAUCACGCCCAUCCUAGCCGACAUACUCUUGCAAGAGCGCGCCGAAUCGUUAUCGAAAUCGAAAUCCGUCUUGGAAUUUGUGCUCUGGGGCCCAUCCGAUGUUGUGCUCUCUGGCUCAACGAAAGAGCGCGAAUUGGCGAUGCAACGUUGGUUGGAUUUGGAGCGCGCCACCGUAUUGCAUGGUUUAGUGCGCACGCGUGUCGAGCUCACUGUCUACGAUGAAUGUCAUUUGAUGUUCUUGGUGCGUUCGACGGCGAAAAUGAUGAACGAUGCGGCGAAAAUUGUCUGCAGCUAUCAAAAACCGACGACGGAGCUGUCGCAGUCGCAGCAGCGGCAACAAGCGGAAUAGUGUUUCGAAACAUGGGUAUGUAAAUAUAUAAUGUUUUAGCUGAAGUGGUUGUUGUAGUGUGAGUUAGUUUAAAAAAAUUAGAUUUAAGCAAAAAAUUUCACGAAAAAUGUGUAUGAAAAUAGAACAACAAAAAUUCGAAAUUCUUGAUUUGAGUCGAAAAAUGUACAUGAAAAUAGAACAACAAAAAUUCGAAAUUAUUAUUUAAAUCGCAGUUCGAAAAUGUUUAUAUACAUGUGUAUAAACAUAUAUGUGCUUGCAACAAUGUUAAAAUAUGUUUGCAACAUUUUGUUGCAACUUUUUUGUCCAAAUUUAACCGUCAAUAAAUUUUGCCUCUGGAAAAGAACUUUCGAACAUUUUUUUCUGAACUUAGAGUCUCGAUAUUUUUUCAAUUAAUUUUUUUCUCAACAUAAUUUGUAAAAAUUAUAAAUAAAAAUUUCGUUAACUUUUUUUUUAAAUAAUAUCAGUUCUAAUUAUUUCCUUGUGUGUAUAAAUUCUUUAGAAAAUAUUUUGUAUUUAUUUUAUUUUUGGAAUAUAAAUUGCAAAAAUUAAAAAAUCUUCACUACUGCUCAGUGGCAAUUUUUUGCUUUUAAGCUCUUUUGGAGUGUAAAUUUAUAUAAAAUAUUAAAGAAAUAUGAAAAUGUUUUUGUUGCUUGGACGAUUUGAAGUAGAAUUCCCCAUUCUGCUCUUUCCCUAUUAACUUCUUCAAAAAAAAAAAUACUUCUCGAAAAUAAAAUUUAUUGUUGUACACAUGCACAUACAUUCGCUUCACUGCAAAAGCAACAAAAAAACAUAUUUAGAAGUCUUUCGCUUAUGUAAAGUGCCAAAUUUAUUAAAAAUAAUGCAAAAAAGCUCAAAUGCAAAAAGAAACAUAAGUAAAAAUUGUAAAAAAUUAAAACAAAAAUAUUUAAAAGUAAAAAUAUUUUAUAUGUGCUCUCUACUUUCCAAGCCUUAAUGUUAUCUUAACAGUUAAAUAUAAUAAGUGUGUUCACACAAGGCAACUUUAUAUGAAAACAACAUAAAACGACAUACGAAAAUUUUCAUCACGCA